UGAUUUCAAGCCUGUCGAAUAGCUUAAGAUUGCUCCCAGGCAAUCACACAACCUCCUGGCGCAUUGCACCUGAAAGGUGAUUGCACCUCUGAAAUCAAAGAACAAAUAGCCUCGCAGUAUGCCAUUUUUACCCGCAACACUAGACAUUCAAAGUCGGAGGAGCAUUGAGCGCUCCUGGCAACUGUCUCGGAAUGAAUCUUUGGGAAUACCGGCCCUCUAUAUAUGACUGGCGUUUUAUUGUCGUACUCAGUCAUAGCCUUUCAACGUCACGUCACCUUUCCAUCCACAUUGGACCACCGGCUUUGCUCGGACUUUCGUUCUCCCUACGAAGUGGUGUCUAUGGAAGUUUCUUAUAUCUCAUGAUGCAGGGCGGGAGUUAGGGUCACUUCACGCGAAGCUGCGAUUAGUCGUAUACGGGUGCAAAUAAAGCCCUCAGGAUUCGCCACUCCAACGCAAAAAUUCAAUUUACACUCUCGCUUGCCUAUUCAAAUGUCAGCUGUUAAUCGCACUUGCCCGUUUGGACGUCGGACCUCACGAUCAGGGUCCGUUUGGUGUUGAUUGUUUUCCUUACAAUUGCGAGCGCAUCCCCACCUCGUGAACACUAACCACAAAGAAUGGCGACUACCUCACUGUCAGUCGAAGGGAAGGAAAAAGAGUCCAAGAUCGCGACGCAAGAUGAUGAAUCCGGUUCAAGCAUUCUUUCACAGCCUCCGAAGCUCACAGAAGAAGAAGAACGCAAGCUGUGGAGGAAAAUUGAUCGAAGACUCAUGCCAAUCCUCUGCCUGAUGUAUCUCAUGUCGUUUUUGGAUCGAGGGAACAUUGGCAAUGCUCGUCUCCAGGGAUUGGUCGCACAGCUUGGGUUAGUGGGGAACCAGUACAAUAUCGCAUUGACGAUGUACUUCAUCCCCUAUUGCAUCUGUGAAUGUCCAGCAAACCUGGUCCUCAAGAAGUUUCGGCCGAGAAUUUGGCUCCCAGGAAUAACGGUCUUGUGGGGAAUCAUUAUGACUUUGAUGGGACUUGUGAAGAACUAUCCGCAACUCGUCGGGGUGCGCAUACUCCUCGGAGUUGCAGAGGCCGGUCUCUUUCCCGGUGUCACCUACUAUUUAACACUUUGGUAUCCCCGACACAUGUUACAAUUUCGCAUAGGUCUUUUUUUCGGAUCCGCCUCUUUGGCUGGAGCGUUUUCUGGGUUACUCGCAUUUGGUAUAUCAUUCAUGGGUGGAACGCAAGGUCUCUUGGGAUGGUCGUGGAUCUUCAUCCUAGAAGGAAUAGCCACAGUAGCUGUUGGAAUUCUUGCCUUUCUAGUCCUUGUAGACUUCCCUGACACAGCGAAUUUCCUUACGCCCGAAGAGCGUGCAUUUGUUCUCUGGAGGAAAAAGUUUGACAACUCUUCCGUUGGAGAGGAAGAAGGGUUCUCCGUGAAGUAUAUCAUCGAUGCGUUGACCGAUUGGCAGGUCUAUGUCCACGUCUUGGUCUACAUCUCGCUCAUAGGUCCUUUAUAUGGAAUUACCUUGUUCUUACCGACGAUCAUCUCAAAUUUUGGGUUCAAACCCGCUAUUAGCAGCUUGCUUACAGUGCCUCCCUAUGCUGUUGCUACGGUCGUUCUCUAUAUCUUCGCCCAUUUUUCCGACAGGACAAGGCUGCGCUCGCCCUUCAUCUAUGCCUCGUUAAUACUUUGUCUCAUUGGGUUCUCGAUCAACAUUUCGAACGUCGCUCCAGGAGUCAAGUACUUCGGUACUUUCCUUUGCGUCACGGGAAGUUAUGCCGGUUUCCCCGGUAUCGUUGCUUGGCUAGGGAAUAACCUCAGUGGGCAAUACAAACGAGCCGUCGGGAUGGCGUUCCAAAUCGGUGUGGGCAACUUCAGUGGCGCGAUUGCUUCAAACGUUUAUAGAGACAUUGACAAGCCGAGGUUCAUUAUUGGACAUGGAAUUGAGCUGAUGUUUGUUGGAAUCGGACUGGUUUGCGUUCCCCUUCUUGUGCUGACAUACUCCCGCAUCAAUGACAAGAAUAACUUGAUCCUGACGGAAGAGGAAGAGAAGGGGGUGAAGAGAAGUCCUGAGGAAAUUCGAGCGUUGGGUGAUCGGGCUCCUGAGUUCAAGUAUACACUUUGA